AGCAGAGGGAACAGUUUAAGCACAAUGGACAAAAAACUCAACCUUCUCAAUGAAAAAGUCGACAAACUGUUAAAUGACCAGGAAGAUUUGACGGGAAAGCUUCACAAGGUGAAUCAAGGGAUUGAGGAUUUGGGGAAAGGCCUUCACAAGCUAAGUGUAUCGCAAACCCCAGCUGAACAGAUCGGAGGAGUAAAAAGAGGUCCGAGAUCUGAAGAUGGCAUUCAACAGAUGGAUACCCAAAGUGUGUGCUUCGAGAUCUUAAAGCUGAUGAAAGCUACGCAUCAGGACACCUCAAAGUACAGGGAAAGACUGGAAAAAAUGGAGAAAAUGGUAGACUCGGUGGACAAGGUUGUGAAAUGUUUGGGAGACACGUUCAAAAACUCUAAAGUGGUGGAUUUUAUUCUGAGGGGUGGGGUCCCCUGGCGGAAAGGGAGUCUCGUUGGAAUCCUAGAAGAGACAAAAGAUAAACCAGAAGAGAAAGGUGCAAAAGGAAAGCAUGCUCCCGUCAACAAAGGAAUCCAGGCAGAAGGCAAGAAUUCCUUGGAAGAAAACAACCGGGAGAAAAAGUUGGGUGACUGUGAUGGAGUGUGUGAAAAGGUGAACUUGGCUGGUACGGUCCUUUCCAAAGUUGACUCCGCUCCACCUGCAAAAGAGAAGAUGGCCCAGCGAGAAACGACAGGAACGUUUGGACAGGCAAAGAACGCUAAGGGUUGGCCAAAGCCCAUGGACACUGCUGGGGUCAGCGUCCGGAACAAUGGCCUCUCCUGUGUAAGCGGCAGCAAUCCAGCAGGAAGCCAGAAUACAGACAAAAGCCCUGGCCUGGAUGAACUUUCUAAGAAACCUGUCAAUCCAAAAUCAAAGGAAAGUGAAAAAAACAUCUCCAGACUUGGUCCGUCUGCUGGGGAAGCCGCGCCGUCCACCUCCAAGCCUGGCAGUGAAGUGAUUCGGACAAGGCUUUCAAUCAAUGUGCAGAUGAGUGAUACUCAAGAGAAGACUUCAAAGAGAAAAGAAGGAAGUGUCGACGGUCAUGGAGGUAGAAGUGUGGAUGUAUCGUCUCCUUUCCCUCCUCCUUCGACAGGCGAAGGAGCGAAACGUUUGCCUGAGCCUUGUAAAGCUAAGCUGCCCUCUAAGAGCAGCAGGACUGAACCCGCUCAAGACUCAAAAGGGCUGAGGUCACCUAAUAAGCAAGGUGAGCGGAAGCCCAAACUCGUGGAACCAGUACAGCCAACACCACCUCUGGGAAAGACUGAAGAGAAAGGUGAGAGCCAAAGCAAGGCUGCAUCAAGCCCUGGUUCUGUUGCAAAGGACUCUGGGAAAGAUCCAGCAGGCUUGGCAAAAAGCCCCAAGGAAGCAACAAAAGACUCUAUAAAAGAUGAUGACAAAUCAGAAUCUGCGGAAUCAAGAAGUGCAGCCUUAGGGAGGCGAGAGAGCAGAUCCAGUCAGGGGGCAGAAAAUGCUAAAUUGCUAGGAGCUGGCAAAGCGGAGGAGCUGGUCAUUGACGACAGCCCUCCGCCUCCCGCACCUUUUGAACAUCGCAUAGUGAGCAUCAAGCAAACGGAGUUAACAGCUUCCUAUUCUGUUUGCCAUCAUGAAGUCCUUGGAGGGGGGCGUUUUGGUCAAGUUCACAAGUGUACGGAAAAGUCAACUGGACUCUGCCUGGCGGCCAAGAUCAUCAAAGUGAAAGUGGCGAAAGAAAGGGAAGAAGUGAAAAAUGAGAUCAACAUCAUGAACCAACUGAAUCAUGUGAAUUUGAUCCAGCUCUACGAUGCUUUUGAGAGCAAGAACAACCUCACCUUAAUCAUGGAAUACGUUGAUGGCGGCGAGCUAUUUGACCGGAUCAUAGAUGAAAACUAUAAUCUUACUGAAUUAGAUGCCAUCCUUUUUACCAAGCAAAUAUGUGAAGGAAUUCAUUACCUGCAUCAACAGUACAUUCUUCAUCUAGACCUGAAGCCAGAGAACAUUCUAUGUGUGAAUUACACAGGAAACCAGAUUAAAAUAAUUGAUUUUGGAUUAGCCAGGAGGUACAAGCCCCGUGAGAAGCUGAAAGUUAAUUUUGGCACGCCGGAAUUCUUGGCUCCUGAAGUGGUGAACUAUGAGUUUGUGUCGUUCCCGACGGACAUGUGGAGUGUAGGCGUCAUAGCAUACAUGCUGGUCAGCGGCUUAUCACCCUUCCUUGGCGAAACUGACACGGAGACCAUGAACUAUAUUGUCAAUUGCAGCUGGGAUUUCGACGCGGAAGCCUUUGAGCAAGUGUCGGAAGAGGCGAAAGACUUUGUUUCCAGGCUCCUCAUUAAGGAGAAAAGCGGCCGGACGAGUGCAGCCAAUUGCCUUAAACACGAAUGGCUGACGGACCUGCCUGCCAAAGCCAAGAAAUCCAAAGCUCGCUUGAAGUCUCAGCUGCUCCUGCAGCGUUAUAUGGCUCAGCGGAAAUGGAAGAAACAUUUCUACGCAGUUGCUGCUGCCAACAGGUUGAAGAGGUUCCAGAGUAUGUCUGAGAAUCCUGCAUAACCUGUUGUGGAAGAUGACUCAAAAGCAAAGGACUUGAUGAUUUUAGCGAUUGGUCCACUCCCACCCAUUUGACAAUAAGAUUUCUUCCGUCUUCUUCCGUCACAUAGCUCACAAGUGUGAAAAGGUUUCUGCCUUCAAGCCUAAUAGGAUAGAAAGGGACUUCUUAUAAGCAGAGAGAAACCAGCUCUGUUGUGUUACAAGUUAUCACAUGAAGGGGAAGCGGUAAAAAGCUUGAAUUAUGCCUCUUAUGCCUUCAUUUCUUGAAUUA